GCAUGUGAAUUAAAAACGAUUGUAGAUUUUAUUAAGCUCAAAUAUUAACAUUACAAUAGAUAAGAUGAAAGAAACAAAGAAUUAACGAAAGAACGACUACGGCCUUGCGAUCGGAAUUAUUGAGAUUUAUCUAACAGCAUUGCCGUCGUUUCGACGUCUGUAAAGAGCAGACGGACCGUACGACAGGUUAUGUCAGCUGGAUUGGCAGGUGCUGUCUCAAAUCAGCGGAUGAAAGGGCAAACCAACAAUCAAGUAAGCAAUGGUCCCAAAGAACAUCAGCAACAGCAACAACAAUCAGAACAUGCUGCUGGAGAAGAUACUGGAUUUGAUUCAUGGAGAGGAAGUAACAAUACGCAACAUCAUUCGAGUUAUCCAAUUAGUACUGGUGAUCCUUACAAUCAAUACUAUGCGAGCACGUCAUUUCCUUACCAAGCGUUUGGUGCUGGGGAUGGUACCUGGUCAAAUGGAACAGAUCCAGUUGCAUUUCUCUCUGGAUAUGGAGGCCAAAUAAGUCAUGAUGCAUAUGGUAUGGAUGGAAUGUUCUCCGCGAGUGCUGGUGGUGGUUUUAGUACAUUUGGUCAACCUGCCUUCAAUUAUUUCCAUGGAAAUGGUGAUUUUAGUGCUUGGAGCACACCUAGAAAAACUCGCUACGAAGAUUAUUAUCAAGCACCAAGGGGAAAUGAGAGUUAUCCAACACCAAGUAGCGCUGCUAUUAAGACUAUUGAACAAAGUGUACAAAGCUUAUCGAUUGGAAGUGGGGAGGUUCCAAGACAAGAUCAACAAACAACAUCUAAUCAGCAGAUAAAAUCAGAAGCAAAGGAGCCAAGAAAAGUCACUUGGGCAAGUGUUGCAAGUCAACCUGCUAAACCAGUUCCUCCACUUUCAUCGUCUCAAGGAAUGAAAAAGAAAGCUGGAAUGCCACCACCGCCCAUUGUACCAGGAAAACACAAUAUGGAUAUAGGAACAUGGGGCGAAGGAAAAUCAUCUGCUCCUCCUCCUCCAACCGCACCACCGCCGCCGCAAGUGCAACCACCGGUUCCGCCACCUCCACCACCCGUGCAAAGACAGAGACCACCUCCUCCGCCUUGCUGGAACAGGCAACCAACAACUCCUCCGCCACUUCCCCAAUCACAGAUCCAUAUGCCAACCCAAUCGCAACACCCGCAACAUUCACAGCACCAACAACAUCAACAACAUCAGCAACAUCAGCAACAUCAGCAACACCAGCAACAUCAACAUCAGCAGCAUCAAACUCAACAGCAGCAGCAGCAACAGCAACAACAACAGCAACAGCAGCAGCAACAGCAGCAGCAACAGCAACAGCAAUCACAACAGUCACAACAGUCACAGCAACAACAACAGCUUGUGCAAACACAAUCUCAUCCUGUUUUGGACGAACUCAAAGUGAAAAAUGAUUAUAAUCCGGUAGAAUUUGAUCAGACUGCACCUGGAGCUAGGUUUUUUGUAAUUAAAUCUUAUUCAGAAGAUGAUAUUCAUAGAUCCAUUAAAUAUGAAAUUUGGUGUAGUACGGAACAUGGAAACAAAAGACUGGAUCAGGCAUAUAGAGAAGCUAGCCGCGAAGGUGCACCUUUGUAUCUUUUUUUUUCUGUUAAUGGAUCUGGCCACUUCUGUGGAAUGGCUCAAAUGGUUUCUCCUGUCGAUUAUCAAAGUAACAGCUCUGUUUGGUCUCAAGACAAAUGGAAGGGACAAUUUAGAGUUCGUUGGAUUUAUGUCAAAGAUGUCCCUAAUGGGGAAUUACGACAUAUUAAAUUAGAGAAUAAUGAGUAUAAGCCAGUAACCAAUUCGAGGGAUGCACAAGAAGUUCCUCAUGCGAAAGGUGUAACAGUUCUGCGUAUAUUGCAUACUUAUCGUCAUUCUACUAGUAUUUUUGAUGAUUUUGGACAUUACGAAAGAAGACAAGCAGAAGAAGAUCAACGCAAGGCACCUUUGAAUUCUAUGCAACAUCAUCAUCCUUCUUCCAACCAUAGAAAUAGAGGACAUCCUGGAGAUUUGUCACGAGAUCAUCAUCAACACUCUCAACAUCAUCUUCAUCAACAUCAACGCAAGGAUCGAGAUGGUGGCCGUGGUAGAGGCAGAGGAGUUUCUCGUCAGUAGCAAUGAAUACAGCUGAAAGCUAUUAUUAUUGGCAAGAUAAAUGAAUGUAAAGGAAGAACGCUGCGGCUAAUUAUCAUCUUACUCCAUACGUUCGCUUUUCAGGAUUUGAAAUGGGCCUUGUCUUUCCAUCAUGGAACUCACUCUCCAUUCCGAGGCCACUUUCUUUUAUUAAAUGAUUAAUAAUACAUAUGAUAAUUAGCGUCGCGUUAGCGUAAUAAAUAUUAUGUAAUAAUAAAUAUUACGAAGAAGAAGAUAAUUCAGUCUCAAAGGAUAUUGGGUAAACUUGAUGACGGUAAUAAGUAUCUAGUGUGGUGUUGCGUGUUAUUCGUCGAAAGGUGUUUCUUAAACGUACAAAUUAAUAAAAAUGAAAGGAAAAAAACACAGGAUAUGGAACAGAAGGAAAAAAACUGUAAUACAUGGACUAAUUCUUGUAAAAUGCUUAAACUUUUGUUGAAAAUGUAAAAAAUCUACGCGAGAACAAUAUUAUAUCAAGUGUCAUUUAAAUUAAUCAAUGUUCUAAACGUCAGUGGACAUAUAAUCUGGUGCCUGCAACUGAGAGGGCUUUCCUUUCUUUGUUAAAGGGAUGCAGGAGCUUAUUCAAUGUUCUGUUUAUAAUCAUUAUGCUUGACCAUUGAAUGAUAGCUAUAGUUAUUAUCAACUGAUUGUUUUGAUUCAUCUAUUACUCUAUUAACCAUGGACUGCGAAAAUGGUUCGAGAUAUACAAGGAAAAAUAAGGGAGCGAGGAAGAGGAGAUGGAGGAGGAGGAAGGGGUAACAAUAUUGUGCAGUUACUUUGUUGUAACUUAAACGAUAAUAUUGAUGAUUAUUAUUUUACAAUGUGACAUGUAUUUCACGAAGCAAGAUUCUUAUUGUUAAAUAUGUUACUAUAAUUUCUCUUGUGGUAUAGUAUAAUCUCUACAAUGGAUAAAAAAAUAUAUCUUGCAAAUUAGAAUUAUUUCUACAAUGGAACAGAUUUAUUUUGCAUUUUUCUAUUAGGCUUAGAUUAUUAUGUCUAGAUCAUCUCUAUCUAAAACAAUGCUUUUGAUGAAAGUGCUGCGUAUUUUAGAGAACAGUAAUCUAUAUUAUCUAUCAAUUUUACAAUCUGCAAGUGCAAGUAGUAAAUCAAUAUUUUAGGCAACUAAUAUAUAUAUAUACAUAUAUAUAUAUAUAUAUAUAUAUAUAUAUAUAUAUAUAUAUAUAUACAUAUACAUAUGAGUGUGUAUAUACACACACAUACGCGCGCGCACACACACACACACACACUCUCAUACACACACACAUAUAUAUAUACAAACUUACAAUGUAAAAAAAUAUAUUUAAAAAGGAACGAUUCCUUCCUAUCUUUCGUUAUAGCUUUACUUGUGGUUAUUGGUUAAUUAAAAACUGGCUAAUUAAAUUCUCGGUAAUAUCUGACGGUUGUCUAAAAUAGUAUCAUUAGAUUUCUGCUUCAGUUUAUUUACAUCUAAACAACUUAUAUUACAUCGUUGUAAGCUAUUUCCCUUUACCAAACAAUAACAUUUGUAUAGACUAAAGUGACUUUUAUAAUUCAUAGUUUAUGCAAAAGUGAUAACACAUUUGCAAUAAUCAAUAAUUAUUAUUUACCUUCUGCAAUAUAUAAAUACACACAGUAUCAGUAA